AUGUGCGGUUAUGAUUGCGUGCUUUCAAACGACUCUAUUCAUUGGAAUGAGUCUCCACAAUUUUACGUCACACAACUAACAGAGCUACACACACUUGGUAUCAGACAAAUGCUUGCAGGGCUAAAACAGUUAGUCUGUGACAGAACUCAAAGACAUUUGGACUUGAAACGACAGCAGUUUGUUAAUUUCAUGCUUUCGAGCUCAAAGUUGUCUCAUUCAAGACUCGAAUUCCUUUCUGAAUAUAAACUGCAAUUUUGUGUACAGGGUGAUAGAAUGGAAAAAAGGAUUUAUUCUAAAUGUCCCCAAAAAAUAAGUUUGAUGAAUUUUUUGUUUGAUUCGGGACUUCAUUUGCAUUUUGCCCUUGUGGAAAUAUUAAUUUAUCCCCACGCCCAAGGUUUCGAAAGAAUGCAUCACAAAGUAAACAAUUUAAAUGCUGGUAGGAUUAAGAACAAUAAAGGAGAGAAUAAUAAUUUUCGAAUCCUAUUCCUUUUAAAGGAAUCUCCAGAAGAACAAAUUCCCAUGUGUACUCCCGCGAAACGACCUAAAACUGUAGCUGAUGCCCUCGACUUAAGUCACAAGACUACAAUGGAUCUACCUAAAAGCUCUUCCGAUGUUAUUGUUCUAAGCGAGGAUGAGGAUGAGAAAGUGACGCCUUCAAGUUCGGAUACUGAAAAGGAAAACGCCCCUUGCGGAACCAAUGGGACAGACGUCAAAUCCUUAUUGAUAUCUUUGGAAAAUGAUCUUCGUCAAGAGGAGGCCACUCUUUUGCUUCUUCAAAAACUGCGUGAAAGCCAGAACUCAAAUAAUUCAUCUAGCUCCCGCCCAGUGUCCAAGGCUACGCUUAAUUCUUCGCAAUCUUCGUCUUCUUUGAACAACAAUGUCAGCACGAGUAAUCAGAAACCGACCUCUAGUCAAACUUCUUCCCAAAGGUUACCCUCGGCUGCACAGGCAACGAAAAGUACUAUUUUGUUCUUGCGACUUAUUUCUAUCCAAGUUGAAAUUUUCACUUGCGACUGGGCCAUUCGAUCAGUAAUUCGUCAGUCACGAGGAUUGCCAACAUUUAAUUUUUUGACUUUAAUGGAUUUUUGUGUUGGCUUGGUAGUUUACAGUCAUCCCUUACUUUGUAUUGAAUUAAUCACUGAAUGUAAAGGAACUAUCUGCUUUUUACAUCCUAUGAAGGAGGUAUCUAGUGUGCCUCACCAAACACCAAAUGACAUACUAGUUGGUACUAUUAUAUCCUUUGAUCCAGUGACGGGACCAGUCUCAUUAAUUCGACUUCCAACAUUUCAUAGAAUGUCAUACUAUCUUUUAUCAAUUAACCAACCUGCUUUGGUUCUUGCUCAUCAAUGGGCGAAUGUUAUGCCUAUGUCAAUAAAGUCUAAAAUCAACUGCCAACAAACGGAAAGCAAAACGUGUUUUUUUUCUCCGAAGAAGAUGAAAUUGUUGGCGUUUCAAAAGGAUCAGUUAGGAAAUACAGAGUCAACUUUUAAGGCUAAAAUGGUAAUAUUGUUCAGCAAACAGGCGCCAGACGUCAUCAUUAACUUGGUGACAUUAAGUUCUGUUACGAAGGUCUCAAAUGUUGUUGCCUCAUUUUACGAGCUGGUGGUUUAUGAAAUAAAAACUCGUCCAAAUCCUCGCUCAGUCUGA